UUGUCUAAUAUUAAUUUUGGAAGAUAUUCCUCGAACGUCCUUAAUUUUGCUACAAAAGCUAACGAAAUUAUUUUGCGUGCGUCCUUGGUCGUACCGAAAAGGUAUUCGUUGCCUGAAAAACAGCCGUGCGUUCGUAUCUGGGACCGGCGAACCACGCAAAAAGUGUAGAAAUUUGCAAAAAGCGGUUCGGCGUGUCCACCGCAAGGCGACACAGCGUUGGCGCCAAUCAGUACCACCGUCUCUGUGCAGGUCGUACCGCCUUCUGGGAAUUCCAACGCUUUCUCGCCAACGCCGCCGAGAUGUUUCAACGCCCAGUCGAAUCCACCAACUUGUUGCUCGAAGACGUCGCUUGCCGCCCGUGCCGCUCGAAGAAGUCGCCCUCCGGCGAUACCAUGGAUUACGAUACGCGGCUGAUCGAGGAGGUGAAGAACUACCCCGCUCUCUACGAUAAUAGUCACAAGGAUUUCAAGAACAAGGAAGUCAAGCAGGUCAUCUGGUGCGACAUCACGUUCAGGCUGAGGAAGCAGUGUGACGAGAAGUCAGUAAGGACUGUGAGGAUGCGCUGGAAGAGCCUGCGGGACUCGUACGUCAAAGAAACCAAAUACAAAAUGGCGGUCAGCAGCGGCCAGAACGUCAAACCGAGAAGAAACUGGCGCUACAGCAGCGCCAUGCAGUUCCUUGCGCCUUUCCUUUCCCUCAGCUUCCCCGUGGUCGCCACCAAAGAAGAAGUUUUAGAGGAAUCGGAAGACAUGAAGGCUGACGACCAACAACAGGUGUCGACCUAUUUCCUCAACGUGAACCCAGCACCAGCCACAAACGCCGCCCAUUUUUUGGGCGCGCUCCUGGACUACUCCAGACACCAUGCGAUGGGGGAUACCGUUCGACCAGCCGAAAACGAAAUCGAUUCGUUUUUUAGGGGGGUGGCCGAUACGGUGAAGAAACUCAGCCCCGUCAAUCAGGUCAGGAUCCAGAGGGACAUCGUGAAUAUGGUGCUGGACGUGAAGCUGAGGGAGGUCCAAGGCACGCUUAGGGAUUAGAAUGUGGGUUAGGGAUGAUAGUCCAGGGGCCACCGUUAUUUUUGUUCGAGGUUGGCUCGGUUGUACCAAUUUUUGUUUGAAUCGAUGGAAUGGAAUUGUGGCUGUUUAGCCCUCACCAUCUGACUUGUCUAGGAUUGCAACUGGGUUUGAUACUUUCAAUGUUCUUAUUCAAGAAACACUUUAUUUUCACUACACAGUUUUACAUAAACGCAACACAUUAGCUUCUUCAAAAACUAUUGUAUAGCGCCUGAAGAAGCUAUUGUAUAGCGAAACAUGUGUUGCGUUUUUGUA